AUGGCAUCAUUCUCCUUCGGAUUCGGCGGCGAUGACAUAGAGGACGACUCCGUUCCUGUCCCGGCCGCCGAGGCCUCCGCGCCCGCCCCGGAGCCCGAGACCCCGCAGUCCGCUGCAACAGCCAGUGCCUUUCCGGUGCCCGGCAAACCCCAGCUGCCGCCCACCACCCACGACCUGCAGGACAUGCUCUCCAAGCUGCCCUCAAAGGUCGCCUUCGGGACCCUGGACGUCACCCUGGACGACGGUAGCCUCAUCAAGAUCCCUCGUCGCGAGCUCUGGGACGUGCGAGUGCAGCUCAUGGCCGAGGAUGAGGCCGCCGGUGACGGUGCCGAUGCCGAAGGCCUCGGCAGCCACGAUGUCAAGACGGGCGUCUACGAGGGCGGUUUCAAGAGCUGGGAGAGCAGCGUGGACCUCGUCAAGGUUCUCGCCAGUGGCCAAUACUUGGACCUGCUCAAGCAACGGCCUCUCCGAGUGAUCGAGCUUGGAUGCGGCACAGGGCUUCCAUCGCUCGCUCUUUUGCAAUGGACCAUGAGGAAUCCAGCGCCGAGAUCGCCACUUUUGCUGACCCUGGCCGACUACAACCCGACAGUCUUGCAACUGGUCACGUUGCCCAACUUUAUCCUCGCCUGGGCUCUGGAACGCAGGGACCAGAACCCCGCCCUGGAGGAGGCCUUCGCGAUGGGAGACGAGCUCGAACUCACAUCAGAGGUCUUGCAGCAAUUCAAGGAGUUCCUGACGUCUUCCCAAAUCUCUCUCAAUUUCAUUUCUGGUGGCUGGUCAGUGGAGCUUGUUGAUCUUCUCUAUGAGACUCAGUCCAAGCUGGACGGGUCCAGCAGUUUCGAUACCCUUCUUAUUGGAGCGGAAACCAUCUACUCGCCCUUCGCACUUGAUGCUUUCAACGAGAUGGUCCUUGCCAUCCUCAAUAGAGAACAGAGCCAACGUAGCAACUGCCAGUCGCAGGCGCUGGUUGGGGCGAAGCGGCUUUACUUUGGCGUUGGAGGUUCACUCGAUGAUUUUGUGGAUAAGGCUAGGGGAAGAGGAGCAACGGUAACUCAAGUCAGGGAGGAGGCUGAGGGUGUUCGGCGAGGUGUCGUUCGAUGCACUCUGGGCUCGCCUCGUGAAUAG